GAACAUUGAAUGAUUUUUUCAUAUUUUUCUAAUGAACGGGAAUCCGAAAAACUUUUUAUCUAUCAAUUGAGAAUAAUAUGUGAAUUGUUGAUUUAAAAAACAAAAAAUCGGCUCAUCUCACAUAACUCUUGGUCAGCAGAUAGCCCGUUGCGCGCGUCACCAUGGCGCACUUCGCGGUGUGUGGCCGUUGGUAUAGGCUGUUUUGAACUUGGAUGAUCGUGGUCCGUGGUUUUGAUUCUCACUUGUUGGAGGGUCUCUUUGAAUUUGCCAUAACCUCAACAAAAUCAUUUGUUCUCGCGCGCAGACCAGGCCUGUCUUCGAUUCAUUGUUCCAUUAUUCUUCACAUGGAAUGUUCAAUAUUAUUAGUCAAAAAUUCAUAAAAUUCAGAGUAUCGUGAGAAAAAAUCGCUUAAAAUGGCGAUGUUGGCGGAGCCUCGGAGAAAACAAAGGUGGACUCUCAAUCCACGAGGAAAACAAUGGAGUGAUGACUCCAAUAAGUUUGGUCAAAAAAUGUUGGAGAAAAUGGGAUGGAGUAGCGGCAAAGGUUUGGGACGAAAUUUGGAUGGUAUGACCGAACACAUCAGAGCGCGAUUUAAAAAUGAUCAGGGUGGGAUCGGUUAUUCGAAUGACGAUCAAGACAAACAAUGGACUCAGCAUCAAGAAGGAUUCAAUGAAUUACUACAAAAAUUACAAGGUAGCGAAACUGCUGAGCCAGUACCCAAAGAGAAUGAAUUAAGCGGCAAGUCGCUAGAGCUCAAGUCUCAGCAGAGUCGAGCCAGAGUCCAUUACAAAAAAUUCACACGCGGGAAAGACGUUAACAAGUACAGUACAAAAGACUUGGCGAAUAUAUUCGGUAAAAAGGAUUUAACUGAAAAACAAGAAGAUCCAGUUACCAUUAAGCAAGAGGUUGAAAAAGAUAGCGAAGUGACCAUUUCAGAUCCUGUAGGAACGAACGAUUCGUCUCAUGGUGUGGUAACGAUAAAAGGCGGUUCUAUAGCCGAUUAUUUCAAGAAUAAAAUGGCUUUGCUCGGUCGUAAAGCCACGAGCGUGGAGACAAAUGCCGUCGAAAAUGAACCGGAGAGCGAGGAUGACAGAUACGUGGGUUUUGGUUUCGCAGGAUCGACAAAAAAGCCGGAAAAUACGUUUAUGAAUCCGGCUUUUGAACCCGACAGUUCUACGAAAACGAGCGUAACUCCGGGCAAACGUAAGAGCGAUUACGUUUUUGAAAAUCCGGCUCUCGAGAUGGGCGAUAGCCCGAAAGAAAUGGAGCGUACACCGAAACGUCGUAAAAGAGAAUUUGCUUAUGAAAACGGUGGCGCGGAUCUUGACUUGAAUGCCAGUCCGGAAAAAACUCCGAACAUCGAGAAAACUUAUAAAACUUCAGAUGAAUCAGCAAUAAAUGAAGAAUUUUUGGUGAGUACUGAAUCCGUUGAAUCAGGCAAUAAGAGAAAGCGUAGGAAAAAGUCGAAAGAAAUUACUGUAGUGAACGUAGGAUUCGUCAACGAGGCGUUGAACCUCGAGACUCGUAACAGUGUCGAAGAAAACGCAGCCAUUAGUCAAUUCGAAAUUCCUCGACCGGCCGUUGGUCUUGCAAACGAUGCGCUCGACUUGUCGGAUGAAUCAACCGGCAAGAAGCGUGUUACUUUUAACGAUACAGUGGAGUAUGAUACAAACGUUGGGAAAACUCGAGGUAAAAAGAGAAAAGACAAAAAUAAUGCUGCCAAGCUCGAUAAAUUCGAGGUAGACAAUGAGAAAUUGAAAAAGAAGAGGAGAAAGGAAAAGUCAUUGGAAUCAACGGCGACUGAAAAUGCAUUUACGAAUGAAGCGAUGGAACAGGAGAUUUUUAGUCAAGAGGCAGUCGAUAACGCGGUCAAUGAGAGAAAGAUGGAAAAAGUUCGACGGAAACGACGAAUGUCUAAUUUGGAAACUAUCGAAGAAGCUCCGGAAGAAGAUAGAGAAGAACUGACCCCAGCUGCAGCGGAAGUUGUGACAUUGGAUGACAGUUUGGUGGGUGAGACGAAUGAAAGUUUCGAAAGUAUGAGUCUUGACACACCAAAAGGUAAAAAAAAGAAGAGGAGCAAGCGGAACGCCGAAAAGAUUGAAGGACAGGAGAACGACUCGUAUUUGGUUAAUCAAAGCUUCAGCGACGUCGAAUUCAUUGAAGAAAUUCAAUCUACAAAAUCGAGGGAUGAAACGAAGUCGAAAAAACAAAAGAAAAAGAAGGAGCCGGAGGAAGAGGAAGCGAUAGAAAUGGAAAUAAUUGUUAACACCGAGGAUAGUGAAAAGAAAAAAAAGAAGCGUAAGAAGGAACCGAAAACUGACGAAGCGUACGUAAUUGAAGUGAUCGAAGCCUUAGACACGAGUUUGGAACAAUCGAAUGAGGAAAAAAUAAAGACAAAAAAGAAAGAGAAAUCGAAGAAAAUUGUUGACAAAGAAAAUAUUGAAGUUAUUCUUGAAAAUACGGGAAUUCCUGAACCCGAAAACAAGCGAAAGAAAAAACAAAAAAAGAAAGUUUCCACCGAGAAAAAAGAAACAGAGGAAAAAGCAUCUUCAGCCAGUGAAAAUGUUCCAGAAAACGAUUUACACGUUCAAGAUAAAAACCUGGAACUCGAAGGCGCAGUCGUCGACGGUGAAGGCGAAGCCCACAGCCCUUGGGACAAUAGAGGUAAAAUAUCGAAAAAAAUCUUCAAAACGCUUUUUAUGAGAAGCCCUGUCGUACACUUCGCUGGCUCCAACAUAAACGAGAUCAAAGGUUACGGAGUGGAUUUUAACUGAAUUCGAAUUAAGCUCGUAAUUUGUGCUCGAGUGUGAAGUUAGAUUUUGCCAAGGUAUUUUAUAAAAGGCCUCUUUUUAAAAUACUUUGGGAUUUAUCAUUGUUUUCCCUUGAAUCAGCAGAUUCGUACAUUUGAUUCUUCAAAUGAAUUUUGAAUGCAAAAUCGUACCAAAUUUACCAUAAGUCAAUUCCAGUAUGAGGAAAUACGAAAUCAUACGUGCAACAUUGUUUGCAUUUUCAUUAAUGUGGAAAAAACGUGAUUUUAGAUUGAAAUUCGUAAAUUUUUUUUAUCAAACAGAAUUCCAAAGUUCCCAUAAGUGCCUACAACGACCUUGGCGUGUCUUUCCAGGUUUGAGUAUGUCGAGCUCAAAGUUGAAAAGAAAUAUGGUGAAAUAUUCAAGAAUUAGAAUACAAAUCGAGCGUACAAAUAGUGAAUGAUCCAUUAACAUAAACUUUUCAAUUUUUUCUCCAAUUAAGAAUUAAAGAAAUGAGAUAAUAUUGAGUUUUUAUGAAAACUCGAUUCUAUAUCAUUUCAUUGAGUUUUUACAACUCAAUUGUAUAUUCGAAGUAUUUGAUACGUCGUUUCGAAGUAACCAAAAAUGUAUUUAUUGGGGCGAUUAAAAAAUGAUUUUUUGCGAUUACACACGACUUUAAAGAAAA